GUAUAAAGCCAGGCAAAUUUGAACAUUCAUCGAAGGAGGAUAUUUCUUCAUUAUUUCCAAGCCCAUGUGAAAAUAAAUCCCAAUUUUAUUUAAAUCACGAUGAAGAUUGCUGUAGAAGGUUGUUGUCAUGGUGAAUUGGACAAGAUUUAUGAGACAAUAGAAUUCAUUGAAAAGAAACAAAACUUCAAAGUGGAUCUAUUGCUAAUAUGUGGAGAUUUCCAGUCUGUAAGGAACAAGAGUGACCUACAGUGUAUGGCAGUACCUCAAAAAUACCAACGGAUGAACACAUUUUACAAGUAUUACUCCGGAGAGAAGGUGGCUCCAGUGCUUACUAUAUUUAUUGGAGGCAAUCAUGAAGCAUCUAACUACCUACAGGAACUUCCAUAUGGUGGCUGGGUGGCUCCAAAUAUAUUCUACAUGGGGUAUGCCAAUGUGUUGAAGUUUGGUGGUGUGAGGAUCGGAGGACUGUCAGGGAUUUAUAAGGGUAAAGAUUUUACCAAAGGCCAUUUUGAACAUCCACCAUACAAUGAAGAAUCUAAAAGAGCUGCCUACCACAUUCGCAAUCUGGAAGUAUUCAGACUAAAACAGUUGAGGAAACCUGUGGACAUAUUUAUGUCCCACGACUGGCCACGUGGUGUCUAUGACUACGGAAACACAUCACAGCUACUGAAGACAAAACAGUUCCUACGAGACGAGAUUGAGUCUGGAACCCUGGGAAGCCCACCUGCAGAAGAGUUGUUGAUGAAGCUACAGCCGCGUUACUGGUUCUCGGCUCAUCUCCACGUCAAGUUUGCAGCCAUUGUACAGCACCAGGCUCCUCCUGGUGAAGAGAAGAUAACCAGGUUCUUGUCUCUUGACAAGUGUUUACCACGAAGGAAGUUUCUGCAGAUACUGGAUGUACCACAUGACCCCCAGGAACCUCUCAAGCUGCAACUGGACACAGAAUGGCUUAGUAUACUCAAACUGACCAAUCACCUACUCAGUCUGAAAAGGGGCAGUAUCUACAUGCCUGGUCCGGGAAGUCAAUCCAGAUGGGAGUUCACACCUACCAUUGAAGAGGAAAACAAAGUUCUAGAAGAUUUUGGCGGCGAUUUGGUUAUCCCCGACAAUUUCCAGAAAACUGUUGAGGUGUUUGAUCCUAAUCAGGGCAAAUGUAAAGUUAACCCUCCUAUGACAAUGGUGAACCCACAAACUACCCUAAUGUGUACGAUGCUGGACAUAACCGACCCAAACGCUAUAUUUCUCGGACAAGAUUCCGGUAAUCUUCUGGAUGUCUCUGGGGAGGGUGCUUGUGAUGCUGACGACGAUGAUGAUGUAGAUGACGAUGAAACAGAAUGUGACAGCGAGCCUAGCUUUGUGUCAUUCAUAGACAGUGACCAAAGCUGUAAUACUAGUUUACUCUCCUCCAGCAAUGCAGAUGAUAGCUUCAUGUCCUUAGGAACAGGGGGUGAUCUAUCUACCGACAGUCGAGAUCCUGUGAAGGAUCUGACAUCAAGUAUUCUGGCGAAUCCGGCGGAGAUUUCUUUAUCAGAUGAAGAGGCAGAGUUCAAAGCUAUCAUGGAAGCUCAGAAAAAAGAAAAGGAAUUAUCCACAGAAACUUCAAAAGAUCCGAGUGCUGAUGACGAGGAUGAGGAUGAUGAAUUCAAAGCCAUAAUGGCAGCCCAAAAAGAUCACUCUUUAUCUGUUGAUCCUUUAAUGGGUCCAGCUGUGAUAUUGCGACCUUUGACCCAGUCAAGUCCUGCCAGCAGUGAUGAAAGAAGUGACUCUGAGGUCACCCGAAAAACAAACAGCCUAGCUUUGAAUACAAGCAAGCGUGCAGAUGGAUCAGAAAGUGAGGAUAGUCCCCAGUCCAAGAAGUUUAAACGAAGGAACCAACAGUUGUAUAAGUCAGAGUCUGGAGAUGAGGAAAUAGCAUAAGGUUUACACAAAUAAAAAAAUACUUAUAAGGUAGAGAGGCACUGUGUUUUAUCUCAAACAAAGAAAAUGAAAGCUUUAUGUCCUAAGGAACAGGUGGUGAUCUAUCUAUUGACAGCCGAGAUCAUGUGAAGGAUCUGACAUCAAGUAUUUUUUUAGAAUCUAGCAGAGAUUUAUUUAUAAAAUGGAGCGGCAUCUGGCAUAUUUUAUGACCUAAGGAUCCCUGUCCCACUGCAAAGUGGUUUUAUGUGCAUAUAUUUACAUUUGUACUGCAACCCACUGUAUGAACAUUUCAAGUAGAAAUGCAUUUCAUUUGAGUAUGAAAGCAAAAACUCUUGUGACAAAACACACGUGGUUUUCUUAUGACGUCAUAGAUUAACCUUGUUCAAUGAGAGUCUUGUCGCUUCACUUGAGAUAACAUGGAGAAUGCCCCUGCGUCAAACGCUCAAAUGACAACGGUUAAUUAAUGGAAUUUUAUUUAAAUUGGGCUGUUUUGCCUAUGUCAUUUAAAGGAUGACGCAGUAAAUAAAUAAGUUAUUUCAGAACAAAUAUUAAAUAAAAUUAAAAA